CGCAGUUCGUAGAAAUGUCGUUUUGAUGGAAAUUUCCACUACUUCAGGACAGCGAUAACACGCCACGGAAUGUACACAAACGAGCAGUUUCAUAAGGGACGAAGCUUUUAACAAUAUAAUUACUUAAUUAAACCAUUGUUGAUCGCAGGAACUAAGACUUCGUAGUUAAACGAGCUAACAGCGACUAAGCUAACUAGCGUAGCAAGCUAAUGUCGAUGCGUUGACGCCGUUAAUUUCCUCAGUCUUUGCCGACUCUUCCCAAAGACAGCGGUUGACAUAUUUUAUACUUUGUCAUAAUGGAUUUUCACUCUGUUGGGAGUGGUGGGGUUAUAGUGAGUGGUAGUAACGUCCCUGCGUUUUUAACGAAACUUUGGACGCUAGUUGAGGACCCAGAAACUGAUUCGUUGAUCUGUUGGAGUCCGAGUGGCACCAGCUUCCAUGUGUUUGAUCAGGGCAGAUUUUCCAAAGAAGUACUUCCCAAAUACUUCAAACACAACAACAUGGCUAGCUUUGUCCGCCAACUCAAUAUGUACGGCUUCCGCAAGGUUGUUCACAUCGAGCAGGGUGGGCUGGUGAAGCCAGAGAAAGACGACACAGAAUUCCAGCACCCGUUCUUCAUCCGGGGACAGGAACACUUGUUAGAGAACAUCAAGAGGAAGGUAACCACAGUGUCGAAUAUUAAACACGAGGAUCUGAAGCUGAGCCCGGACGAAGUCUCCAAGAUGAUCUCAGACGUGCAGCACAUGAAGGGCAAGCAGGAGUCCAUGGAUUCCAAAAUCAGCACCCUCAAGCAUGAGAACGAGGCCCUGUGGAGGGAGGUGGCCAGUCUGAGACAGAAACAUGUGCAGCAGCAGAAAGUCGUCAACAAGCUCAUCCAGUUCCUCAUCACACUGGUGCAGUCCAACCGAGUCCUGGGAAUGAAAAGAAAGAUUCCCCUGAUGUUGAACGACAGUAGCACGGCUCACUCCAUGCCCAAAUACAGCAGACAGUAUUCUCUCGAGCCGUCGAACGCGAUCUCUGCCUCUUCCACAGGAUUUGGGGGGACGAGCGUGUUUUCCGCCGACUCCCCUGUUAAAAGCGGUCCAAUCAUCUCUGACAUCACAGAUUUGGCCCUGUCCAGCCCUGUGGCCACAGAGGAAUGGAUACAAGACAGAACAAGUCCAGUGGUGCACAUUAAAGAGGAGCCCUCAAGCCCCGUCCACUGCCCAGAGGUAGAGGAGGUGUGUCCUGUGGAGGUGGAGGUGGAGGCGGGGCCAGGCGUGCCCGCAGACACGCCCCUUUCGCCCACCACCUUCAUCAACUCCAUCCUUCAGGAGAGCGACCCAGAGCCAGCACCCGCCCCUCCUCCUCCUCCUCCUCUUCCUCCAGCCAAUCCGAAAUGUUUGAGCAUCACCUGUCUGGACAGUUAUCCACCGAUGUCUGAGGUUUCCCGCCUUUUUUCCAGUCACUCCUCCUCCUCAUCUUCCUCAUCUUCCUCCUCCUCCUCCUCUACGUCUCUGCAGCUCAGAACUCACUCAGGAAGCGAACUGAGUGACCACGUGGACAACAUUGACAACGGCCUGGACAAACUCCAGUCUCUCUUAAACGCCCAGGCCAUCAACUUCGACACCUCGCCUCUCUUCGACAUCUUCAAUACCACAAGCUCAGACUUCGACCUGGACAGCCUGACAAGCAUUCAGGAUCUGCUGUCGUCUGAGCCAGCCAAGGUGGCUGAGACAAACGAAGACUCUUCAAAUUCAGGGAAGCAGUUGGUCCAAUACACGGCCCAGCCGGUGCUCUUGCCUGAGCCAAUCAGCACGGAGAACACCGAAGACCUGCCUAUUCUGUUGGAGCUGCAGGGGGACAAUUAUUUCAGUCAGGAUUCGUCAGAGGACCCCACCGUCUCCCUCCUGUCCACUGACUACCACACCACCACGCCCGAAGAGCCCAAACUGGAUUAAACCACAAGUUCUGAAAAAAAAAGGGAUUCACAUCCAACGUUGGGCGUUUUAAAGUUUCUGGCCC